GCGCGGGAGCCCGCGGAGGAGGAGAGCGGGGACUGCGGACAAGACUGUGGGAGCCAGAGGGUAGCGCGCGGGGCUCGAGCGCUGGAGUAGACAGUCUGACAGUCAGCGAGAGAUACUGGCUGCGGCAGAGGGCGGUGUAGGGCUCCAGGCAGGGCUUGAGCGGGACGAGGGGGCGGGCUCCGAGGCAGGGUAGACGCCUGGGCUGGAUGAAGUCCGAGUCUGGGAAGAGAACCGGGUUGUGGUAGGAGGAGGCGGUGAUAGAGGUGAUGCGGCUAAGCACGGGGGCGGGGCUAGCACCUUUGCCGGUUGGUGGUUGGGCGGAGGCUGGAGGGGGUGGGCCUAGGAUGCGGAGGCGUGUGGGGGCGUGUCCAUACCUGGCGGGGGCGGGGUCGGAGGCGGGCGAUUUAGAGCGCGGGGCGGUCCUGCGGGGUGGGGGCGGGGCCUGGUGGGGGCGGGGCCUGUUCGGGCCGCGGCGCGGAGCCGAGUGGGUAGCGGGGAUGCGGGGGACCAGCUGCGUGGGCGGCGGCGCCGAGAGCCCCGGUGGCGCGGGGCUGAGCGAGGGCCCACGGGGGCGUUGGCUGCGCUUGGCCCCAGUCUGCGCUUACUUCCUUUGCGUCUCGCUGGCUGCCGUGCUGCUCGCUGUGUACUACGGUCUCAUCUGGGUACCCACGCGGUCCCCCGCGGCGCCCGCCGGCCCGCAGCCCAGCGCGCCAUCCCCUCCGUGUGCCUCCCGCCCGGGCGCGCCGCCUGUCCCGGUGCCCGCCGCUGCCUCCGUCUCCUGCCUCCUAGGAGUCCCAGGCGGGCCCCGACCCCAGCUCCAGCUGCCGCUGAGCCGCCGCCGCCGCUACAGCGACCCUGGCCGCCGCCCGAGUCACCAGACAGCCAGAGAGACGCCAGAGGCCGCGGAGGGUCGAGGACCCGGGUAACUCUCCCUUCCACCCUAACCCGCAUUGCCAGCCCUCAAGAGCUCUGUGCUCCACGCCGAGGAUGCACCGUCUCCGGAUGGGUCCGGCCUCCUUUCUAAUGACAUCGCCCAGCGUCUCUGGAGCUGUCAUCCCGCGGAAUGGGGGCCCAGGGGGUGUCGGCUCGGGGCCUUGCCUCUUGCAGCUCCUCUGUGGUCAGAUCGGGUCCUCCACCAUCAGGAAGAUCCCAUUCUGAGCUCUCUCUCCUGCUCCUCUUGCUGUGGGAUGCUGAGCACAGAGCCCACAGCCCAUCUGCCUCCUCACCUCCCUGAAUCUGUGUCCAUCUGCAAUAAACCACAGCCUCAGUUGCCUCGUGCUGUGUC